AUGGUCUUCAAUCUUUCAUUUGAGAAUGCUACUGCAAUUCAUCUGAGUGUGGAGAGGACUGCCAGUAAUGCUAUUGGCAAGCGAAUGUUGUUUCAACUCAUGGAAUCUGAGAAUUGGCUCGAAGUACCAGCAAUGAUACCACCAAAUGAUGGAAAGGAUAGGUCUUCCUUAUUCUAUUCCUGUAUGACUCAAUUAUCUCUUCUUGCUUAUAUGGGUCCAUUUGUUAUUAAUUGUUGCAUGGCAACUUUCAGUCACCCUUUCCACAAAGUUGUUGGAUAUUCACAUCAAAAACGUAUCUAUCUUCCUAUACACUCUUUAAACCCUCCACAAAGACAAGGAAAGCCCGUUUUUGCAAACAAACCUCUUCUAAAUAUGCUUGUUAAUGACAUGGGCGGGCAUGGUAGAGCUCUAGAGGCACUUGAGAUAGCCAUCAAAGGUAAAGACUUGGAUAAUUGCAACUUUGCAGAAUUAAUGAAUGAGAUACGUGUGAGACUUGUUGACCGUUAUAGUGAAUGGGUUUGUAAGAGCAUCUAUUUAAAACCAGUCCUUCAGAUAAUAUUGUCACAGAAAACUAUACAUGAGAAUUUCAUCAUCCCUGAAACAGAAAUCAGAAUUGCAGAACUCUCACAAUUGGGACUGGUUCAGUUUAUGAAUGAUGAGGGAGAAACCGAUCAAGGACGAUUAUCUUGUCCUUACAUAUGGAUUUGGAUAAUGGCGAACAAGUCAGAUGAUCCUAUUCUUAGUAAUUGGAAUUUCCAAUAUUAUCAAGAAUGUCAAAGUAUGGAUGAACUGACUGUUCCACCAGGAUACCAAUAUUGGCAACAUUUUGAAGAUUUCAUUGCUAGGUUUUGUGUGCUCAAAUCACAGCUAUAUGGUUAUGGGGACAAUGUUCUAUUGGAAGAGCUUCACAAGGGAGCAAAACAUAAUUUUUACAAUUUAACAAUCACAAACAAGCCACUAUUACUUGAAAAGGCUGUCAACAAAGUAAGCACUAAAUCAGGCGAUACUCCACCCGGUGACUGUUUCUGUCCUAUUUAUUUCACUGGCACAUCACAGCUUUGUUUUGAAAGUUACCAAUGUAAGCUUUUGAAAAAUGCUUCAAUAGAUCAGAAAGAAUUUAAUGUAGAGUAUGAAAAAGCAGCAUGUGAUCAGGAUAUUUUCAUCUUAUUUACACAUGGGUCAUCUAAUAUUGUUCAGCUUCCAUUAAGUGCUAGCUUUUCCCAUUUGACAGCAAUUACUGGUAUAGGUGUAAAAUUUGCUUCAAAAAUAAUUGAAGAGAGAGACAAAUGGAAAUUUGAUAACAUUACUGAUGCUAUUACCAGGCAAGAAGCUUUUAUAUAG